GGGUUGCUACAGUAAGCGUUGUUGUUUGGGGUGGGGGUGAUUGCAUGUCCUGGCGUGAGAGAGGACAUAUAGAUUUUCCCCUAAUAUGUGCUGGUGGAUCUUACACGUUUGUUGAUCGACAUUGCAAAGAGCUCGACGGAUCCUUGUCAAGGCACACACAAUGGUAUCCAGAAACGUAAUACUGGUGUACAUGGGCGCUGGAAUCAUUGUCUUGGGGUUAAUCGGCAGCACAUACUUCUACCAUGGCCUCGUGGUGAACACGCGCUGGGUUGACCUCACACGCCCACGCCAUUUUACUCUAAAGUCCAUUGACGUCACAAAUACGUCAGUACAUCUACACGGAGUGUUGUCAAAGUCUUUAACAGAGACGGAGCAUGAAGUUGCCAUACAAAUCGAUGACCAGUUGUUAAAGAAACUGGUCCAACCUUCCAUAGCAACAAAAGCAUAUUUUCGCUAUGUGCCGAGGCAGGUUCGCACAGCUGACUGUAAAUUACUUGUAAAUGGGGAUCAAGAAAAUAUCUCCAAAGCCAAAAUGAGCACAGUUGGACCUCCUCUAAAUAUAAGUGUUGCCACUGAAAAAUGUGAUGCUUUCAAAUUAAGGAGAGGAUACAUAACAGACUCUUUAAGUGAAGAGGAACGGGAGUUUCCAGUCGCUUUCAGUAUUUUGAUGUUCAAAGAUGCCAAUCAGGUUGAACGUCUUCUCCGGGCGAUCUACAGGCCACAGAAUUUCUACUGCGUCCACGUGGACACGAAGACAAAACCGGAAGUCAGGAAGGCGAUGACGUCAUUGGCAAGGUGCUUUGACAAUGUAUUUCUAUCCUCACGUUCCGUAAGCGUCCGUUGGGGAGAAUACACAGUUCUGGAACCCGAGCUGAUCUGUAUGGAAGAUUUGUGGCAUUACAAGUGGAAAUAUUUCAUUAAUCUCACUGGACAGGAAUUCCCCUUAAAGACUAACGCCCAGUUGGUGAAGAUUCUGACUGCCUACAAUGGAGCCAACGAUUUGGAGGGUACCGUGAAAAGAGCGAAUAAACACAGAUGGAGGCACGCAGGACCACCGCCUCACAGCAUCACCGCUGUGAAGGGAUCCGUCCAUAUCGUUGCCAGUCGGGGUUUUGUGGACUACAUCCUACACAACUCCACAGCUCAGGAUCUGUUGGCGUGGGUGAAGAAGACAAGUGUUCCAGAUGAGACGUUCUUCUCCACCCUCAACCAUAACCCCCACCUAGCGGUGCCAGGAGCUUAUAACGGACCGCCGGACAAUCCAAAAAAUCCAUUUCUAGCCAGGUUUAAGAAUUGGUAUGGACAGAAGAUCGGCAACUGGUCUUGCACGGGCAAGCUUGUUCACUCCGUGUGUGUGUUUGGAGCUGGAGAUCUGCCCAUGCUGACCACUCGGCCACACCUGUUUGCUAACAAGUUCUACUGGGACUUCCAGCAUCUGGCGCUGGAUUGUCUGGAGGAGUGGAACUACAACCAGACCAGGGACGAGUUUCUCGGGGAGUCCACCUUCAACGCGUCCUAUUACAAAACACUGGAAUUUGUUAAGAAUAAAAUUGAAUAAAGUCGUUUGACA